ACACUCUUUACACCACCCCACUUCUGUGGCUUUAGAGAGCUUUGUGGCUUUAGAGGUAAGUUUGCAAUUGCUAUUUGGCAUGGUUUUGGGGUUUUUAAUUUCUCCUUUCAGAAUAGGAGUGUAUCACGCAGCAUCCUGACGAAGUUCUGUGCAAGCAAAGCAUGUUUCCUAUUAAAAGUCAAUCCCGCCUAUUGAUUUCAAAUGUCCCAGAGAGCUUAGCUGAAUUUGCCUGCAAGGAAUUUGCACAAACCAUGGCAAGCACAGGAGGUGUUCUCAGGACUCAAACUGUGAAGUUUAAUCUGCCCUAUUGUGCUGGUACCUAAGUAUGUCUGGAAUUGCGGCUGGUUAAAUGAAGAGUUCAGCUUCACUCUAUGUAUUACAAGCAGGAAAUAAUUUCACAAUAGCUUUGUAUAACCCCUUUGUGCAGAUAUCCAAGGGCUAAGGGGGCUGAUUAGUCUCAAAUACCGCUCAAAACAGACAGCCAUUAUAAAACACUGCCUGCCUUUCAUAACAUGCCAGCAGAAAUCUCGUGAGGAUGGUCUCAGCUUAGUUUGCAGCCAGAUUUCUACCUACCAUUUUACCCUGGGGUAAAAAGGACAAGCUGCCAUUCUGUACCAUCACUCUCAUGUAAUCUGAGUCAGGGGCGACAUGGACAGACAUUAUUUAUGUGAAAUUCUUUCUCCCAAGAGCACAAAGCCCACUGCUGACCCUGACAUAAGUAGGAACAAAGCCAUGGAAACCAGGGGAAGUUACACAAGGGUGCAAAACUGUUUAUGGAGCCAGAUCACACGCUGGCUCCAACGUUGCCUCGUGGGCAGUGUGGGUGGGGCUUUCGGCAUCUGUGUGGGAGCUCUCCAAUGAGACCCAGAGGAGGACAAGGCUACAACGUUCUGGUUUUUGUAACAGCAUCUCCCACCAGUAAGGCUGAGGCAUGGGCGGAGUCUGAUGAAACUAAAAUAAACACUGCCAUGCAGCAUCUUGUGAGUAUGUGCAGCCUCAGACAGACUGCAAUAGCUGGAAGGAUAAGGACGGCUUAAAACCUCUGGCAAGAUGAUCAAAUCCUUCAAGCAAACGUUUCUGUCCCUGGAUCUGCAGUCCCCUCGGUGGAGCUCAGCAGAGAUGACGGCAAAGGAUUACGAACUGCGUCAGUAUGAGACAGCAAAGUGGGUCAGCACUGUCAUUAGGGGAGAAACCCAGAAGGAGGCGAUGCGCCAGGGCUUCUGGAAACUCUUCCACUACAUCCAAGGGAAGAAUGAAAAAGAAAUGAAGAUCGACAUGACUGUACCAGUGACAUGCCUGAUAAAAUCUGGCUGUGCAGACUUCAAGAUCUCUUUCUUUGUGCCAUUUGAACACCAGGACUCCCCACCACAGCCCACCGACUCAGAUGUGUUCAUUGAAGAGAGGAAGGCAGCAGCCAUCUUUGUUCGGUCCUUCGGUGGAUUUGCUUCCCCAGAGAAAUACGCUGAGGAAGCUGAAGUCUUGGCCAGAAUCUUAAGAAACAGAGGCCAACCAUUCCAUGAAGACUUCUUCUACACUGCAGGCUAUGACAGUCCCUUCAAGCUCUUUAACAGGCACAAUGAAGUGUGGUAUUUUAAAAAAUAAUAAUGCUGGGGGGAAUACUAAGAGGCUACUAAUCAGCUCUGGAUGAAAACAGACCUUAAUAAUGGCUUUUGCUUUAGUGCAGAAGAGAUUUAAUUUGCACAUGGACACAGAAUCAUGUCUAACUCAUUUCUUGAGGAUGAAAUACUGUUCUGGCCAAGAUUUAAGCUCUUUCUAUGAGAUAUAACUUGACAUAUAUUGUACCAGCUGGAGCAGGAGAUAUUGCUCUUAAGGUUCCAGGGAACACUAAUCUGAAAAAUAUUCCUGCAGAACAGUCUGAAUGUCUAAGCUUUAACUUCUCAUUUAAAGUGCUACAGCAAUAGCUCAAGUGUUAUGGAGAAUCAGUUCUUCAUAGAGCUGAUUUUUCAUGUACUGAUGGAACUCCUAAGACAACAGAAAGAUGGGGAAAGUUAUUUUCUCCAAGAAACCCAAGCAGGAAUACCUUAGCAGGCCUUAGUGCCUCAUAAGCAGUUAACUUUAAAAAGUAGUACUAUCAAAAUCAACCACCUCUUCACUGAAGUAUUUUUUUUUGCCCUCAUGGAGGCUGAAUGCUCUUUUCCUCCAGACUAAUGCCAGUGAUCAGGUUAGACCAGGAGUCCAGCAGAAAAGGGCUGAGCCUCCAAGGUGUAUGCUUACUCUAUGCACACCUGCAUCUGUACAUGUAACACCAAACUUACUGGUGGCCUGUAGUUUUAGGAGCAAAUACAAAAGUAGUGUUUAGCUCUCACCUAUAAGCCACUAAUUACUACAAUUAUUUAGCUUUGUCAAAUUCUUGGUAUUGGUCAGGUCAACUGCAGUCUGCACACUAGCAAUAUCUGCCACCUAGAGUUAAGACACCUGCAGAACUACCAUAUAAAGUAGUUUAGUCCCUGCUCUAAAUCAACCAUUUGAAGCUCUUGUAAAGCAGCCCAGAGCUGUUUUACAGCAAGCAGUUCAAGUCACAAAGCAGUUCACAACAACAGGUAGAGUUUACAGAUUUUUAUUGGUUCCAAUCAGUAUCAGGCAAAAAAUAUCAGUGUGGUAAAAAACCCCCUUGGCUUAAAUGCUGUUCAUGCAAGUGUAACCUAUUAUUCUGCAAUCUUCCACCUAUUAAGACAGACAUAAGAACCAUUGUAAGGCACCAAACCAGCACAAGAAGCUUGCUGAGAACACCUCAGACCUUAGAUUUUCAUCUCUGUUCAGAGAGAGAGUUCAAGCUAAGGUUUUUAUCAUCAUUUGUUCCAGCAAAUAAAUUUCAUUAUUACUCCAGUUACACUCACCUUCUCAGUUUUUUAUACAGUGGUUUUGAAGUUGCCUCCCUACCUAAAGCAAGAAAACACAAUUAACAUAUGCAGCAGCACAACUGCUAAAA